UUCCAACGCAGAACAAGCCUAACUUCAAUGCGUUUACUUAAGUUUCGUGUUUGACAUAGUGUAACAUAAUCACCUGAAUGCACAAAAACAAUCGUAGGGAGCGUCAUAGUCAAAAAUGACAUUGCUUUGGAACAAUUGUAACAGUAGUAAAUAGUUGUAAUCAUAGAAAUAACGCGGUAACAGUGAAUGAAUUGUAAUAAAACGUAGAAAGAGAUCGCAGUUAACUCCAAUUACUCGAAUUGCUGAUCCUGAUUACAUUAAGGAAUUGAAAUUACACAGGCGCAGUGACUACAUAAAAUGUAAUUUUUAGUAUUAUUAAUAAUAUUGAGUGAAAAUCAGUGUUAAAAUUUACGAAUUUCGGACAUGGAGGACUAUAAGUUCCUUUUCAAAGUAGUACUGGUUGGAAAUGCAGGUGUUGGAAAGACAUGUCUUGUCAGACGCUUCACUCAAGGAUUAUUUCCACCUGGCCAAGGUGCAACAAUCGGGGUAGACUUUAUGAUAAAAACAGUUGAAGUGGAUAAUGAAAGAGUGAAGUUACAAAUAUGGGACACUGCUGGACAGGAGAGAUUUCGAUCUAUAACUCAAAGUUAUUACAGAUCAGCGCAUGCAUUAAUUUUAGUAUAUGACAUAUCUUGCCAACCAACAUUUGACUGUUUACCAGAUUGGCUUAGAGAAAUUGAAGAAUAUGCCAGUAGCAAAGUAUUGCGUAUUUUAGUUGGUAAUAAGAUUGAUCGUGAGGACAGAGAAAUACCUAGACAUGUGGGUGAAGACUUUGCCCAACAACAUAAUAUGUAUUUCUUAGAAACUUCAGCAAAAGAAGCUGAGAAUGUGGAGAAGUUGUUCAUGCAAAUAGCCCAGGAUUUAAUGGAGCAGGCCCGAAGUAAAGAUUUACUACGCUACGACAGCAAUACAACUCGUAUUGAGGGAAAAACAUCAUCAAUUAGUGACAGUAAUUGCUGUAGUAAACUGGCCUAAAUAUCAAUCAUCAAUAUCAUCAUAUUAUUAUAAUCAUCACUUCCAGUAAUUGAUUGAUACUCAGGUUUUAUUGCCACAUUCAAUGUUUGGUUCAGGUGGCUUCCGAACUAUUCAUUUCUCACUUUGAUUUAAUUCAAUUUAAUUUGCGCGCUCUCACAUUAGCAAUAUUUGCCAAACGCAAUAAAUUUGCUUUAAUUAAAUUAGUACUUAAUUGUUUCUUUUUGUCGGUUGUACAAGUAAAUACUCCAUAUAUUGUAUAUCAAAUAUAUCUAAAGUAUUGAAAGCUUUUCAUUAAUCGUGUUAUGUUAUAAGAGAUAUAAAUGCUGUGAUUUUCAAAGACAUUCCAUUUAAGAUUCAAAUAUUUUGCAAUUGAAACAACAAGAUUUCGGUGAGAAGGUUGCAUUUUAUUGAUGGUAUUCUAUUUUAAUGCACAGGAUGUACUUAAAUUUUGCACAGAAAUAAAGGUGUAGGUGUUUUUUUGUUAUAAUUACUAACAAUGUUUUUUUUUAAAACUGA